AUGUCCGAGUCGCCGCGCUCCGAGAAGGAGCUGUGCCUGACUAGGUACAGCACACCGGUCCCUGAGUUGGAUGAUCACCGUCACUAUAUGAACAUGCCCCGCAUUGAGGCCCCGAAGGAGGAGCCUUUGAACCGACAUGACACCGCCCCGCAGGGGUUUGGUGGAGAAAUGCAGGAACGCCCUGACUUGCUCCAGGCACAGGACGCUCUCAGGGAGGCCGCUCCGGUCUUUCGAGACUUUGAACAGGCGAUCAUUGAUGACGACGAUGUGAACAUGGUGGGUCGCCGCUUCUCAGUUGAUCCUACCGCCAACUUCCACACCCCGCGUCGCAUCAGUUGUGGCCACCAGGACCUCGCCAAUGCCGACCGAGCCUCGUCCGUGUCUGCUCGCUCGUCUUCCCCGCCCAACUCCGUCGAGGCUUUCGCCGAUCCGCGUCGCCGUGAGCGGGCCAAUACGCUGGACAGCCAUGCGCCUCCUGAUUUGGAGGCCAUGCUGCAGCGCACGGUCUCAGGCGGCACCCAGUGUCGACGUCCGACAUUCAGCAAUGCUAGCGCCAUUCGCCCCCAGCUCGGUGAUGCCUCUGUCAUCGCGCCCGAAGACACAUGCAUCCACACUUACGAAGAGCCCGGUCGAAUCCCCGUCAUUGACUACGAGGAGCUGGAGGAAUUCGUCGCUCUAAACCAGAAAUUCAGGACUGCUACGGCAGGCAACCGCCGCAAGCACAGCCUGAGUUCCCAGAGCAAGAGGCCUCGGGUCUUUUAUGAUCUUCGACCCGGCCUGAAGGGCUCCGAUGUGGACGAGUUCAAAAAGUCCGACUCGACUGAUACAUCUGACUCGUCCGAUGUAUUCGAUGAAGCCGACAACGUCGGCAAGGUGAUGGAUGAGAAGGAGUUGGUGGAGACGCUUCAGAACACUAACGAGCCCACUCGCUUUGGAUUCUUCUCUUCCGAAUCUCAAACCACGGUGCACGCUUCUGACCUGGGAGAUCUGGUGCUCCCGGGUGACACCUUCCGGGAUCUGUUCCAGCUUGGUCCCGAGGGAGGUGUGUGGUGGCUCGAUGUAGUCAACCCCACUGAUGAUGAGCUGGGUGCCAUCUCUCGCGCCUUCAACAUUCACCCUCUGACGCAGGAGGAUAUUCAGACCCAGGAAGCCCGCGAGAAGGUUGAAUUGUUCAAGCAGUACUACUUUGUCUGUUUCCGUACCUUCUUCCAGAUGGACAAGACCAGCGAGGAGUUCAUGGAGCCGGUGAACUUCUACAUGGUCGUCUUCCGCGACGGUGUCCUGACCUUUUCCUUCGUGGACAACCCUCAUGCUUCCAAUGUGCGUAAGCGUAUUGGUAAGCUGCGCGACUAUGUCUCUCUCAGCAGUGACUGGAUCUGUUAUGCUAUGAUUGAUGACAUCGUCGAUAGCUUCGGUCCUGUGAUUCGCGAUGUGGAGCUUGAGUCCGAGGCGAUCGAAGACCACGUCUUUAUCGCACGAGUCGAUGACUUUGAGUCGUUCCUCCCUCGGAUUGGUGGUCUGCGCAAGAAAGUCAUGAGUUUGAUGCGCCUUCUUGGCGGCAAGGCGGACGUCAUUCGCGGAUUUUCCAAGCGCUGCAAUGAACAGUACGCGAUGACUCCGCGUGGUGACAUCGGUCUUUACCUGGGUGAUAUUCAGGAUCACGUCGUGACCAUGAUGUCCAACCUGGCACACUUCGAGAAGAUGCUGAGCCGUUCGCACACCAAUUAUCUAGCUCAGCUGAACGUGACCAACAUUGCGUUGGGCAACCACGUCAACAAGGUGCUGAGCAAGGUCACUUUGAUUGCUACGAUCCUGGUUCCUAUGAACUUGAUCUGCGGUCUCUUCGGCAUGAACGUCAAUGUUCCUGGAAAAGACACCGCUGGACUUACGUGGUUCUUUGGCAUCAUCGGCGUGAUGGGCGCUAUCGUCGUUGUUAGCAUGGCCCUUGCUCGCUGGCAGAAGCUGGUUUAA